UGGGGUCCCCGGGCAAUAGGGGAUCAUGGUGCCCCUGUGACCUUGCCCAAACUCAAAAAAGCCUAUGAAAAAGGUACCAGGGGCAUCUUAUGGGGCCCCCUAAUGACCCCGGGCCCUCGGGCAGUGCCCGAGUUUCCAAACGGUCAGUCCGCCCCUGUUCUAGACUGUGAAAAAGUCUCGCACAUGGGGCGGACUGACAACUCAUGGGGCCCCCGGGCAAUAGGGGAUCAUGGGGCCUCUGUGUCCUUGCCCAAACCCAAAAAAGCCUAUGAAAAAGGUACCAGGGGCAUCUCAUGGGGCCCCCUACUGACCCCAGGCCCUCGGGCAGUGCCCGAGUUUCCAAAUGGUUAGUCCGCCCCUG